AAUAACAGGUUAAGGUAUUUUAACAGAAAAGAUUGACAUAAGAAAAUUGAGAUUUAGUUCUUACCAAAAAUAUGAAUUGGCAGCCAUCAAUAUCAGUCUACCUCCUCUGUGAAGGAGAGUAGUAGUGGAGAAGACAUUCAAUUUGUUUUAUGGUGAGGGAAGAGUGCAGGAGAAUACAUUCAUGUAUCCCUUCUUUUCUUUUUCUCUGUUCUGCAUUCUCUUCUCCAAAACAUUCACACCUUUAACGAUCUUCUACCCUAAUGGAUUCAUCACCAGAACAACCUCGUAAGAGGAAACACAAGCUGCCGCAAAGAUCAUUUUUCCUCUACUUCUCCUUCUUCCUCUUCAUCUUCUUCUUCUGCUCCUCACACCACUCCUUUUACUCUCACCCCUCCCUUCCCUCCUCCACUCUCAACCUCCCAACACCCCUCCGCGUCCACCACCGUAUACUCUUCCCCGAUCACCUCCUUCUCACGCUCUCCGACCCCAAAAUCCUCCCUUCUCACCAACUCCACUGCGUCUACCUCCUCAACGCCUCACCCAAUCCGCUUCUCCUCCCGCUUCUCUCCACGGACCGCUAUGAUGAAUUCCGCUCCAUAGCGCGCUGUCCGCUCCCCCCUACAAAUUUCUCCGCCGUCGAUUUGACCUGGCGCGGCAUGGACCGUCACCGCCCGGCGAGAGCCACGCCUCACAACUGGGAGAAGUUAGCGUACGAGGCCUUUCUAGACAACGGCACCGUGGUGGUGUUCGCCAAAGGGCUAAACCUCCGUCCACACAAGGUUUCCGACGCGGCCUUAUUCCGGUGCCACUUCGGGCUUCCAAACGGUGCGUUUCUGUUAACCACGAAAGCGGUAUCGGUGGCCCAGGAAGUCGUGCGGUGCGCGCUGCCGCAGAGUAUUCAGAACAACCCCGAGAAGGGUCGAGGAAUAAGCGUGAGCGUGAGCCACGUGCGGGGCGGGGGUGUGAUACCCUCCGUGGCGAGAAUCGGCGGCUGUGAGAAAAAGGGCCGAGUGAAGGAGAAGAUGUCGGAACUGUGCGCGUGCACGAUGGUGUGGAACCAGGCACGUGCGCUGCGCGAGUGGGUGAUGUACCACGCGUGGCUGGGUGUGGAACGGUGGUUCAUAUACGACAACAACAGCGACGAUGAGAUCGAUGAGGUGGUAAGAGAGCUUGAGGAUAAAGGUUACAAUAUUAGCAGAGUGACAUGGCCUUGGGUUAAAAGCCAAGAAGCAGGGUUUUCGCAUUGUGUGGUGAGGGCGAAAGAGGAAUGCAAGUGGGUGGGGUUCUUCGACGUGGAUGAGUUUUUCUACUUGAACGAAAUGCGACGGAAUGGUCUGAGAUCAAUGGUGGCAAAUUUCUCGUCUUGGAACUCCGUUGCGGAGAUUAGGACAGGGUGUCAUAAUUUCGGUCCUUCCGGAUUAACGACGCACCCUAAACGGGGAGUGGGCGUAGGGUACACCUGCCGGGUUAGGAGUCCGGAGCGGCACAAGUCAAUUGUGCGGCCUGAUUUGGUUGAUGUUAGUCUUCUGAACGUGGUGCAUCAUUUCGAGGUGAGGGAAGGAUUUGAAGCCGUAAACGUUCCUCCUUCCGUUGCGGUGAUAAAUCACUAUAAGUACCAGGUGUGGGAGACUUUUAAGGCUAAGUUCUUGAGAAGGGUUGCAACCUACGUGGUGGAUUGGAAGGAGGAGGUGAACAUUGGAUCGAAGGACAGGGUCCCUGGACUGGGAACCCAAGCGAUUGAACCAGGUGAUUGGGGGUUGAGAUUUUGUGAGGUUUGGGACACCCGUCUCAGGGACUUCCUUCUGUCUAAUUUUUCUCAUCCCCAAACAGGGUUGUUGCCUUGGGAAACCACUGCUCGAUAGUCUCUGCACCCAUUUUCUUAUUAUUUAAUUAUUGUUACAGGGGUUUAUUUCUUUGGAGUGAUGAUGACACGUGAGAUAUAAGAUCAUUAGAUUAGUGGAUAAGCACUGUGUGAACUCCAUGUUCUGAAAGGAAGAGAAAGAAAGAAUAUAAAAAGAGUAGUUUGGUGGUAUAGGAUGAGGAAUUGUAUUAUACGAUAGACAGUCAGGUAUUGUACUUUUGGAAUUUCAUGUUUUGUUGUUGGGAUAGCUUCUAAUCACUGGAAUUUUCGAAAUGAAUUUAUAGAUAUGAAAGAUGCUCACUACAUAUAUAAUGUAGCAACUGAAGCUUAAGCAUA